GGACGACAGGAGUAAAUCUGUCUGCCAAAUCCCUCGGCCAGAGAGCUGCUUUAGCCAGGACAACGUUAUGCGCUGUGCGUUCUCUUUAGGAGUGAAUGUAUUCAAUUCUCUAGUAGGUUUCUACAAACAAGGCAGGAAUUCGUAUGCUUUAUUUCAGUUGGGAAAGUUUUCGCUACUAGGUUAGAGAAGUACGCUCACUAAUGAAUCAAUCAAUUGUAGCUCGCUGCGAUACGCUUUGCUGUUAUUAAUCAGUCACGACCUACAGUGGGAUACGCGAGAUUAGAGACGAAUGAUGGAUGUUAAAAUGAGGGAGUUAAAUAAAAGAGAGAAAUGAAAAGACAAAGCUGAUCAUUGACGGACUUUACCGUGACGGUGUACGUCACAGCCGCGACACAAGGCGGGGUGUGGUCGAGAUGUGAGGGGUCGUCAUGCCGCUGGUCAAAAGAAAUAUCGAGCCACGCCACCUCUGCCAGGGCGCCUUGCCCGAGGGCAUCGGCGGGGAGCUGGAAUACGUCACCAACAACUCCCUGUCUGCCAUCAUCCGCCAGCUCAGCUGCCUCAGCAAACAUGCAGAGGACGUGUUCGGAGAGCUGUUCGAUGAGGCCAACACCUUCUAUGUGCGCGCCAACUCCCUGCAGGACCGCGUCGACCGCCUGGCUGUCAAGGUCACCCAGCUGGACUCCAGCGUGGAGGAGGUGUCUCUUCAGGACAUCAACAUGAGGAAAGCGUUCAAGAGCUCCACCCUCCAGGACCAGCAGGUGGUGUCCAAGAGCACUACACCCACCUCCGUGGACCACCUGUACACCACCAGUGAACCGCCCCCGCCCCUUGGCGGCCUCAACGCCUUCAGAGAGGACAACGUGGAUGCCAUGAAGUUCUACACGGACCCGUCGUACUUCUUCGACCUGUGGAAGGAGAAGAUGCUGCAGGACACGGAGGAGAAGAAGAAGGAGCGGAGGAGGCUCAGAGAGCAGAAGCGCUUCGUGGACAGCAGCACGCUGCAGCGCGAGGCCAAGAAGGUGCGGAAGGCGGGGAACCGCCGGCAGGAGUGGAACAUGAUGGCGUUCGACAAGGAGCUCCGCCCGGACCCCCGCCGCGCCCAGAGCCUCAAGCGGGGGGGCUCGUUGGAGGGGUGUCUGUCCCCAGACGGCAGACGGGACCUCCCAGACUUCCCAGUGCCCCCCUGCCCGCCGCAUGCCAGCCAUCAUCCCAAGGGGCAUGGCUACGUGGCGGCCAACCCCUCGCCCCCCGCAGAGCACGAGUACCAGAGCAUCGAAGCACACCCCGGGGGCGGGGCUCCGGGAUACUCCAAAAAACGAAGUCACUCAGCUGAGCCAAUCAACGGCUUCCCUCUGCCACCUGUGGACUACAAGUCAGCAGAGUUCCCUCCCAGCUCCAGAUACCCCCCCCCAGGUCCCUCCAUCCCCUCCACCCUGACUGCCUUCGCCUCUCCCGUGGGUGCUCUGCCCCCCACCCCUCACAUUGGCCCGGGCUACUCCCUCCCACCCAUACCUGCCCUGGGUAGUCGCAUGGCCGUGGUUCCACCCCCUCCCGGACCCCCGCCCCCUCCCCUCCCUCCGGCCCCUCCCCCCCACAUGGCGGGCUACGGUAAGGGAGGCUCGAUGGCGUCGGACUCCAAGCCUGGGGGAGACGCCAGGAGCGACCUGCUCUCAGCGAUACACAUGGGAAUCCAGCUGAAGCAGGUUCAGGAGCUUCAAGAGCAGCAGAACAAGCCGGUUGGGAACGACGUGGCGACCAUUCUGUCACGACGCAUCGCCGUAGAGUACAGCGACUCCGACGACGACUCAGAGCUCGAGGACAAUGAUUGGUCGGAUUAACCCAUCAACUGAACCUUGGGGUCUAACAAUCUCGGAUCCAGCAAUUUGACAAUGCUAAAGCUGAACUUCUUCGGAAAAUUCGUUGCAUGUAACGCCCGUCUACAGAACCCAGCCCACGGCAACAAACAGGGUGUAUCUGGUGCCAUCUAGUGGAAUUAUUCUUAAACUUGUAUGUUCUUCCAAAAUGUGAUAGGUACAUCAUUAUUUAUUUAUUUGCUCGUUAUUUAUUUAAGUCAGUUAACUUAAAAGCCAUGUUGAAAAGUUUAAGUUUUUACACAAAAGUGUAUCUUUUGUGUGGUUAGCAACAAUAAAUGGGAGCUAGUUUCAGGUCAUGUCUGAAUAGUUUUUUCUGUCUACCAUUAGAUUUUAUAUGGAGAUAUGAAUGCUGUUAUAAAUCCUAUAAAACAAUGGUUAGGACCUAGCUCUUUCCAUUCGCCAAAGGUAUAAUUCUGGUAGAAUUUUCAGGUUGUUGGGGAACUGAAGGGUUGCUUGAUUGAAUCCUCACACGUGUUCCGUACACCAUUCCUCAGCAGUGUAUGGACUACAGGUGGUCCUCCGGUUUGGAGUUAGUACAUACAUUUUCUGGCUAAUUUUAUACGUUUCAAACGUUGGACCCUGUGAUUCUAGUGUUUCUUAUGAAGGGGUGACUUGUAAGAAAAUGUUUAAAAUAGUCUGAAACUGCCUCAAAAUAGUUAAUAAAAGAAUGAAAGAAUGCAUUUUCCCAUACUUUAAUUUUAAGAUAAAACAAUCAAAAUAAGGUUUAGCAAAGAUAUGCAUAGAUUAUUACAAUUAAUGUAAAUGUGUCAUGUCAAAAAUUUGUGUUAUGACCGAAGUGUGUAAAUACAUGAACUAUCAUUUAUGUUUGUUCCUUUUUGUAUCUAUCCUGUCUUUACAAUUUCAUAUGAUAUUAUGUAGGUGGGAGGAUAGGCCAAUCUGAUGUUAGUGUCUCAAUUAGUAUUGGACAAAAGAUGAACAAUCGAAUGCAUAAUCAAUCAAUAAAAGGUAUUUAAUUGUA